AAGAGGAUCUAAGAAAAAUGGAGGCCGAAACACCAAACAAUAACAGUAAAAUUGAAUUGCAAAAUAUGCAAUAAAAAUCUUAUUGGUGGAAUUAAAGCUAGGAAAAACAGAAGCAUAGAAAAAGGCAAGUUGAUCUAGUUAAUGUUAUCCUCCCUACUGCUGGUGAUUUUCGUCAUUAGAUUCUGGCUAUUUUAAUAUCUUUUGUCUGGCAACACUGCAUGUGUGUGUCUAAUAUAAUAACUCCUAACCUCAAUAUAAAAUAUGUAAAAAAUUGCAGUUAGUUUAAACUGUAAAACGGAAUUAAAUUACCGUAAACCAUAAUGUAUAUGUUAUUUUUUAUUUUGUUAUGCUUAUAAUGGAUGAAGUAAAACGCAAAAGUACCAAAAUUAAACGUAAGAAACGUGAGGUGAAAAAUGCCGUUGCAUUAUAUCUUCAGCGAAGAAACUACUAUACUCUGCAAACUUUUAUGGUAACAAAAAGACAGCGGUUAACUCAUUCUUUAGUGGAAACGUCUGUGGGAAGAUCAAACUCCAUAUUAAACAUCCGCUGUGAUCCAAUAGUCAUCGACCAGAACUUUACAAAAUUCUUAUUGUGGUUAAGGGACCAAACCAAGUUUAAAAAUCGGUUUCACGAUAUCGAGUGCAUUGUGGCCCCUUUAUUUUGCCACCUGUAUAUGGAAAUUCUGCGAUACGAACAAGCAGAUAGAGCAGCUUCGUUUUUUAAGUGUCAUGUGCCCUCUAUAAAUAAAAAUAAUUGUGAUAAUACUAUAAUAGACUUAAUUUUUGCCAAUGAAACUAAAGAUAAGGACCUAUCUAAAUUUAAAGAGAGAUUUAGAAGCAGUAGAAUAGUGUUGAAGCUACAAUCCAAUUCGUUAAAGAACCUGAAGGUAUUUGUCUUAGAAAAUUGUCAUAUUGGGUUUCUUCAAGUACUACAGACUUAUUUCGAUUUUCAAGUUAAUGAUAUUACUAAGAAACAAAAACGUGUAACAAUGCCUUCAAUUGAAUACAAAAAAGACUAUAAGCAUCAAAAGUUUUUAAAUUGUUUGAGGGAAUUGAAACGUGAAGAGACUGCAAUUUUUAAUAUAAAUAUAACAAAUAACAAACAUUUAGUGUCCUGUGGGUUAUUAAAAAGACAGUGUGGUUUACUGGUAUUUGCACAACACAAUGUACUUUAUUUAAUGCCUGUACAUCCUUUGAACUCUUUAUACAAUAUAAAUCACAAUGCCUACAUGAAAUUUGUACACCAUUCAAACCAUAUUUAUAGUGUUGAUUUAUCACCUGAUAAUCAAAUGCUAGUUUCAGGUUCUGCAGAUGGAACAUUAUGUAUUUAUAGUUUAGAAACUUUGACUUUAUUAAAAAAAUGUACUGGUCAUUUAGGUGCUGUUUACUAUGUUAAAAUUAGUGGAAAUGGGGCUUAUGUAGCCACUGGAUCAAUGGAUGGUACAGCAAGACUGUGGGAAAUAAAAAAAGGAAAAAUACUCAGGAUAUUCUGUGGACAUUCACAAGCAGUAACAUGUGUAGAAUUUCAUCCUAAUUGUCUAUAUUUAGCAACAGGAUCUGCAGAUAGAAAUAUUAGAUUGUGGUGUAUAAAUAAGGCUAGCUCUCUAAGGCUCUUGCAUGCAAGUAAGGGUAUGGUGUACAGCUUAGCAUUCAGUCCAUGUGGCAAACUACUAGCUAGUGCUAGUGAAGACAAGUCUAUCAGAGUGUGGGACCUGUUGACGUCCAAAGUUGUUAUUGAAUUAAAGUGUAAGGAUGCUCCAAUAUUAAAAGUGAUUUGGAAGUCUGAUGGAAGUGAAAUAUGUGCGGGAACUAUAGAUGGAGUGAUAAGGAUAUGGAAUAUUAGUAGGACUCAUGAUAAUGGCGAAAAUAAUAAAUACAUUGAUCCCAUCACCACACAUUUUCUUAAUGGCAAAUUAUUGAGUAUUGAUUAUGCUUUUAGUACAUAUGGCACUUUAACUGUGUGAUACAUGAUAAUUUGUUAAUUUAUUUUAUGUAUUAUAAAUUAUUUUUGUGUUUGUAUGUAUGUAUAGGGUCGUUGAGUCACUAGUUUUCAUAAUUGAAUAUAUUUUGUUGGAAUGUAGAGAAUAUUAAAUAAAAUAAAU